AUCUCGAUGUGCCUCUUUUAUCACGAUAGAAUUGCUCUCCCCGCAUCAAAGGUUAAGAAUCAGCAAUUAUCGCACAAGCGUCACCUACGAUUAGCACCCAACUAACACAUAUCGGUUUCUCUUACAGAGUUAUUAUACAAUACUGACAUGGGUCGUGCUAAGCGUCCUUACGUUCCAAAGGCCAAGGGUUGUUACGAGUGCUCUCAGCGACGGAUCCACUGCGAUAGGGGAGAACCCAAUUGCGACAAGUGCGUAUCGAGGGGUUUGGAAUGUAGUGGUAUUACUGGGAAAAGGCACCGAUUCCGCAAUGGAUAUACACCCAAACGAAAGAAUCAUCAAUCUUCGGAGAGUGGAUAUUCUUCCAGUGCUUCCCCAAAUAAUCAAGACGGCCGGGGUCGGAUGUCGCAGGUUCGGGAGGAUAGAAACUAUUCAACAGAAGAACAAGAUCUGGUCCCCACUCUCGAGCAAAAAGGCAACCAUCUCCGAAAUCCUUUAAAUGAAGCCGAAGACGGCUUGCUUGUCGGCUCCAGAUCCGAUGCGGCUUGCCUCUCGCUGGGUCUGCUAGACAUCCUUGCUUUGGACCACAUCGUACCUUGGCAACGCUACUUACUCAAGCAUUUUUCGGAACAUAUCGCCCCGGAGAUGGUGAUAAUUGAUGACCAUACGAAUGGCUGGCGGUAUCUCGUUCUUCCCUUGGCUUGCACCGAUGAAUUAGUCCUGUCCUCGGUGUUGACAGUCGCCGCAUUUCAUCAUUCCCGAAGAACUCCGGGGCCAUGCAUUGCUGAUCCUGCAGUGCUAUAUUCAAAAACUAUCUAUCACCUGCAGAGGAGAAGCGAUUUGCAAAGUUAUGAUCUCGAUACGAGAUAUCACAUCGUCAUAACUAUGCUCGUACUCCUUUUAGCUACUAUGGUGAAUGGCGACUCCGACUUCGUGAUCCUUUUUCGGAUGUUGCAAUCUGCCCUUGAUAUUGCGGGGGGAGAGGAGGCCCUGGCGGCCGCUCGUAGGAAAACGGCCGAGUUCUGUUCCAAGCAAGUUCGCAAGAUGCGUGUUUAUGCAUCGCCGUUUAUUAGUCAAGACAUAGGAAUACGCGCUAUAACUGCACAAGCCCACCAAUGCUGGGAUGACCAAGAGGAUUUGGCGCUGCUAUGUUUCGACCGCUCACAUACAUUACCAUUAAUAUCAUAUCUAAGGGAAAUAGCCUUCCAGAUUUACCUCCAGCAAGCAUGCGGAGAGCCCAACGACCCCGAAGCUCCCCAUGACCUAUUAUCGAAUUUUAGACUAACGCUUGAGUUACUCCCGGAAUCUGCCGAAGGCGAACGUGUACUGAUUUGGCCGGUUUUUAUUGCCGCAUCGGCAAGUUCUACACUAGAAGAAAGGGAUUACUUCGUGAAGUUUCUGAAGAAACAAUUUUCUCGCAGCAGGUUCGUAAAUAUUAUUAGGGCUCUGGAGUCCCUGGAAGAAAUAUGGGUCCGAGGCAUGCAGGAAAAUUGGACGAAGUUAUUAUCAGAGCAAAAGGUGUUCGUGAUGUAAUAUACCUAAAUAUAUAUGUGAG